AUGACUAUGGAUAUAUUGACUGUUACCCCUCUUGAGGGCCAGAAACUCGGUGCAAAGAUCACCAUGCCAUCGUACACCAAUGAUCCAUCGAAGUUGAAGGAUGAGGACUUCAACACGUUGAAGAAGGCAUUGCUCACCCACUCCGUGCUAAUUGUCCCAAAUCAAGAGGAGUUGACUCCAGAAUCCCAGCACGCGCUGAACAUCAGAUUUGACCCUUCGUCGGCUAAAAACUACGGGCACAAGGAAGAGUUGUUCCACUCCUCCAAAUCCAUCUUAGCCAAGGACGGUAAGUGUGUUCCAAGACGUCCGGAAGUGAUGAUGGUUGGUAAUGGUACCUUUGAAGCAGGCCACGAAGGAAUGAAGGAGUUCAAUUUGGAGCAUCCUUCGCAUAAGACUUUCCACAAGAAGUUGUUGACUGAGGAAGAAUUGGCGCAAGGUCUUACUAAGUUCUACAGAUGGCACAUUGAUGCUGCCUUGUACGAGCUCUCUCCACCUGUGGUCACUACCUUAUUGGGCUUGAUUGUGCCACCGAGUGAUGAGAGACAGAAGAUUAUCUACGAGGACACAAAUGAAUCCAUCGAUAUUGCCAAAGGUGCAACCGCUUUUGCAUCUGGUAAAGUUGCCUUUGAUUUGCUUUCUGACGAAGAGAAGGAGUUUGCAUUGAACACCACUGUCGUCUAUGCUCCUCACCCUUACAUCUACAUCAACGAUUGUAAGGCCACUUCGGACGGUCUAACCAUUGUCAGUGAGGAACCAGGGAAAGAAGCGGCUUUCGAGUCGUUGCCCGAAUGGGAAGAAUCCAAGGUCAAAAAGCUACCUUUGGUAUGGACAAACCCGGAAACUGGUAACCACCACCUCCAAGUUCACGGAUGCUGUGUUUACCAGUUGGUUGAUGCCAGAACAGGUAAAACAAUUGCUGAGUUGAAGGAGGCUAGGGAAACCGUCCAUAAGAUGAUGAGACCCGCCAUUGGCCCUGACAAUGUUUAUUGUCACCCAUGGACCCAAGGUGAUCUCUGUAUUUUCCAUAACAGGGGUGUCAUUCACUCCGUCACCGGUGAACUCGAUCCAGAGGAAAAGAGAUUGAUGCACCAAUGUAACAUUGCCAGUGGCUCCGAUCCAGUCGUCGCAUUGUAA